UACAAGUAAAUAUUCUACUUUCGUUUUAUAAAUCAUCAUGGCAGAUAAACAAGCACCGAUGCCUAAAUUAUCUACGGGUUAUCCUGUAAUUUACAAGAAAGAGUAUAUAAUGGAAGUUCUGAAGCGGUAUGAGAAUGAUAAAAAUUAUGAACAAGCAUUUCAAGAAUAUAAAGACCUAAAGGCAGCAAAGGUCCAACUCUCAUCCAAUGUGACCCAUGGGAUCCCAAGCUUAGGGCCAGUUGUCCCAUUCAAAGAGGAAAAAGUUACAGAAGAACAUAGAACUUACAAACCAAAUCUAGCUGUGAUACUAUUGGAUGCUUGUACACUGCGAGAAACGAAUAGCAGCCUGGCUUGGAGGGAAUACAUUGAUUGUAUAGAGAAGCACAAAAUAGUAAUUGCACGAGAAGUUUUGAGACAAAGUUCCCCAGAUGGACAGGGAGGAGGGGAGAAAACCACUGAAAUAACCCAAGAUGUUAAGGGGUCAGACUACGUGGAUUCACAAAAUGGCAAUUUACAGAAUUCAGCAGACAGUAGCCAACAAUUCCAUGCUGAACUGGCCCCUAUCGAUCCAGUAAUUGAUGGGCUGCCAACAGAACUCAGCCCCCCGACUCCUGCUGAAGCAACAGACAUAACAAAGGCAGAUGAGCAGUCACCAAAAGGGAAGGAGAAACAAAUUCUGACACUGUUUGAGUUGCUCAAUAAAGAAGACAAUAAAGACUCGGAGGAGUUUGAGGAGGCUCAACAGGACCUUGUCCAUAUGUUUACCUGUCAUGCCGUGCUCAGGAGCUCAUUCCCGCACGCUAAUGUAUUAAACUAUGUGACAGUGAACAUUGAUAAGGCGGAGGAUGUACCAGAGGAUGUGAGAGAGAGGGCGCUGUAUAGAUACCUGACAAACCUCAAACCAGAGAUGUUUGACGGUCACUACAGCGACAUCUGGAUGGAAUAUGGAACAUUACUAAUUGCAGAAAAUCUCCUAGAGCUUGCAAGGAAAGCAAAUGGUCCAGACCAAAAUUUAUAUGUUGUUGUGCGGAAGACACAAUUCUACGAGAUGCAGUCGGACCUUCAGUUAAAAACCCAGGAAGUAGAGGAACUCUCUACAAGACUGAGUAAAUUUGCAAGUCAACAGCUGACGGAGGGAAACCCAAACAUCGCAGACCUGAGUGACUCCCACCGCCCCACAAGACUGGGGGAGAUGUACAGUCAGCUGUUUGAUGACGAGUGGUCAGAGGCAUUUGAGGCCUUUAAAGAUUCAACCAUAGCUAAAGAGGGUGACGAUGAUGACGAAUUGUACCCAAAUAUUCUGUCCAUACUACAAACCCUUGUCACGGAAGCCUUCAGCUUCUGUAGAGAAAAGUCCUGUGAACAACUACAGGAACUGGAGAACAAGAUCAAAGAGGCCCUGAAACAAAACACAGCGGACACACCACAGACCAAAACAUCUGACUCGGAAGAGAAAAUGGAGGUCGACCAAAGUCCCCCCGAAGCUGGAGAUCAUAAAGUAGAGAAGCCUUCCCAGGGUGCACUAGACCAGACAGUGGAGAGACAUUCCAAAGAACUCAGAAAGGCGGCAUCAGCGGAGACUGUCAAAUAUCAGGCUCAGAUAUUCAUCAAAGAAAGACUUCCUAAAGUGUUACAAGACGAUAAGGUCCGACAGGAUCAGAGGGUCAUUAGUUACGUCCAAAAGUGUGUGGAGCUUUGCUGGUUCAUGAAUGUGCAGGAUCCGCCGAUGGAACUGGUGGCUCCUAAAGAGGGCGAAGACGUGGACAAAAACCUAUUCUCCCAUCAUGGAAGGAAAGGCAAAAAGGUGCAGACAUGUGUAUGGGCGGCACUUCUGCUCCACAAGGAGGGGCCUGUGGUGUGCAAGGGCUAUAUCCUCCCAAAACCUAAGUAACUAUACCGCCAAACCUAAUACUAUAUGAAUACAACUUAAUCUAAGUAGCUACACUGCAGCAUUUAUUCUUUGAAACAGGUUUUUGUUUUGUAUAUUAGUUUUCCUAUUUGAGUCAUCAAUGAGUUGAUGUCAUUCCUCAAUAUUUCAUGAUUGAGAACAGUAACAAUUUCAUUUAUUAGCCAGAUAUACACUGUAUAUGAGUUGGUUUUUUCUACAAUUAUUUAAUAUAUUGUAUUUAGUGUGUUUGACAUGUUUUACCGGUAUAUAUAUUUGUUAAUUCUGUAGUGUUGAAGCAUCUGCUUUAGAUCAUCCUUUGUUUUAGGAAUUAUAAAUCAUGAUUGUUAUAACUUUUAUGAUUACAAGGUACAAACUGUUAACAAGUGAGUGAUCCAUUUUGUUUGUAAUUACAAAAUAAAGACAAUCCUUGAA